AUGCAGCGCUGGGAGUUCGGGGGCGGCUGGUUCCUCGGCGUCGAGCGGCGAAGGAUCUCGGCUAUCAUGGAGUUUGGAGUGCUGCGGUGCCGUCAGAGGGUGGUGGGACCUCUGGCUAUCCUUACCAAGACGCACAUCUCGGUCACGGCGGCGCCCUACUUCGACCAGGACAUCGUGCCUGGUAGGCUCCGAUUGGUUGUUCGCCUUUCCCGCGUACUCGUGAAUGGGAACGUGCUCUACAUUGUUCUGACAGCUGAGGGCCAGGUGGGCCUACAGCGUGCUUGGGACCAGGUGUUGCAUGGUAUUGAAUGUGAGCUGUCUGAUCGAUGGGGACACAGACGGCUGGAAAGGUCGUCGCAUGGAGGUCGUGGGGGCAACGUCUCCGUUCGCAUGGUGAAGCUCGAGUGGAAGCCCCCUCGGCGGAGAGUGUGCCAGACUUCGCAGGUGGCGGCGCUGCAGGUGGCAGCACGUUGGCUCAGGCAUGGUCGCUCUAUGUGGCAGCAGGUCUGUGUGCUCGGGAAGAGGCUGAUGGCUGCCAACGUGGCGUGCUCUGUAUAUGUUGGUCAGACUUCUCAGUUGGUGGAGCUGCUGUGCGAGCUGAAUCAGUUCUACGUGAAGAUUGGUCGGGCGUCGGAGACGCUGGACAUGCUGGACGUAGACCUGGCGCAGUUCCUGGCUCGUGGCAUCGCUGUCUGGGCAGACUCGUUGGCUGAACAGGCAGUGCAAAGCUUCCUGGAUCGUGCCGAUGAAGCUAGCAAGGAGUUCGAACGCGAGCAAGGGGCCAAUUG